GAAUUUUGUCUACCGUCGAUAUUAUGAUGAAACGGAAAAUCUACAAGCUUAAAUUGUGAUAAGAACAUAUAUUCCCCUAUUUCUAUGAAGUUGCCGUUAAAAAAUUCCUCGACCAAGAUAUAACUAAUGAAUCCCUGGAAGAAUUCAGAAGUGAGGUCCGAAUCAUGAAAAAACUCAGACAUCCAAAUAUAGUUCUCUUCAUGGGAGCUGUUACUCGGCCUCCAAAUCUUUCAAUUGUUACUGAGUUUCUACCUAGAGGUAGUUUGUAUAGGUUGAUUCAUCGCCCCAAUAAUCAACUAGAUGAACGCAGACGAUUGAGGAUGGCUCUUGAUGCUGCUCGGGGAAUGAAUUAUUUGCACAACUGCACACCUGUAAUAGUUCAUCGUGAUUUGAAGUCUCCAAACCUUCUUGUUGAUAAGAACUGGGUUGUGAAGGUAGCCGAUUUUGGAUUAUCAAAGAUGAAGGAUAGCACAUUUAUUUCUUCAAAGUCAAAUGCCGGGACGGCAGAGUGGAUGGCACCAGAAGUUCUAAGAAAUGAGCCAUCAAAUGAAAAAUGUGAUGUUUACAGCUUUGGCGUUAUACUAUGGGAACUUUGUACUUUGCAGCAACCUUGGGGAGGAAUGAACCCGAUGCAAGUUGUUGGUGCCGUUGGAUUUCAGCAUCGUCGUCUUGACAUUCCAGACGAUAUGGAUCCAGUUAUAGCAGAUAUAAUCAGGAAAUGCUGGCUAACAGAUCCAAGAUUACGGCCAUCAUUUGCUGAUAUUAUGGCUGCCUUGAAACCACUACAAAAGCCUAUUUCCAAUUCACACGUGCCAAGAUCCGGUGUGCUUGUAAGUAGAAGAAAUGAGAAGGGUCAGUCAUCACUAAGCUUGGAAGAUCAAUCCAGUCGUAAGAGCUAGUGGGUACAGAUAAGUUAUUUUGCUCGAUAAGAGUGACUUGCAAUGGAGGCAAAUGGUGAAUGAGAUUUUGUUAUAGAUCUUGAUAUAAAGCACAUACAACACAUUUGAGUGAAUUAGAGUUCUUUCAUUUCCCAGAGUUUGCCGUUUAUGGUUUGUAUUCAUGGCUUAUCGUGCCACCAUCCAUGAAUUGUGUAGAUGUUUGUAUAUUCAUUUGAAUUUGUUGUAAUUAGGCUUGAAAUUUUUGUUUCUGUCUAGCUUCUAAAACGAAGCUAGUGAAAAAUCCUAUUGGAGGUACGGGAAAACAUGCGUGGAAAAAUCAAUUUCAACUGUGGGAAAAAUGUUUCUCCCUUUUGUAGAA